GUACUAGAGUUACCUCCCUUUCCCUCCAAGCCCCCUCACACUGUUGUUAUCGCACGCUCGUGGGUUAACAGAAAGAGACGCGAGUGCGCUGCUAAUGGUAGAUUUUGACCGGGUAGGCCGACCUCUGGGACGUCUGGCGUUGAGUUGAUGACAUCCUACUGUAUGGUUUACUUGUGAACGACUUUUGAAAGAAGUAUCAAGUUGGAUAAAUAGUUUGAAGGAAUCGGGGACCACAUUUCACCAUGUCGUGGAAUAUAGUGUUUACAGUACUUCUGAUAUGGAUAUAUUCCUUGCUGUCAGAUCGGGUCAUUGAAGCGGCAAGAUAUACUGUUCACUGGAACGUCACCAAUCCAAUGUUCAUAGUGAGUAAUAGAGACAACGAAAUCGACAUCAAGUUAAGCGAUAGUAUAGACAUCAUAUGCCCAACAUAUGCUCCGGGUACAAAUGCAUCAAAAAUGGAAUAUUAUAUAAUAUAUAUGGUGGGGAAAUUGGAGUAUGAUUCGUGCAUAAUCAACAACAGAUCCCAGGCCAAACUGCUUAUCAAGUGUACUGUACCAUUGGCCAGACCCCCUUUGCUCUACACCCUCCUAAUUAAACAGUUCCAGUCAAUCCCAGGCAACCCAGACUUCCAGCCGGGAAAGAAAUACUAUUUCAUAACAACAUCAGGGGGUGAAAUCCAUGAAAUCGACAAUCAGUACGGUGGAGCCUGCGGCGGAAAAAAAAACAUGAGACUCAUUCUCAAUGUGUGCUGUAACGGUUCACAGACAGCCAAACCCACAUCUGGUGGAAAUCCUGUAACCCCAGUUAUUGAUGUGACAACUCCUCGACCCAGGGUGACCACAAGGAGACCAACGACAUCUAAAACAACUACACAAACAACUACUACUACUACGACUACAGUCAGGACGACACCCAGAACAAAAAAACCAACAAAUACAGAUCGCAUUCCAGGAAACCUUCCCGAUGAAAAUGUAAUUCAUGCAAAUGGACCUAAAAAUGUAGGCCUUAUAAGUGCCGAUGCUAGUGAUAGGACUAUGGUAAACGUGGCAGUGCUCCUUGUUUCUGUGACAAUUGCUCUGCUGCUGCGGUAGUCUUAUCGCCAUGUGACUAAUGACUGAUAUCCUGGGUGCAUCAUAGUUGUGAUCUCGAUACUCACUGAAGUACCAAUGUGAAGCAAAGAGUUACCUACCUUGGCUGAGAGUUACCUCCCUUUCAAGGUAGAGUUAUUUCCCCAAAUGAAAACGGUGACAGUUCAACUCCUGAAGGGAAUGUAAUUCCGGUUGAUUUUCGAGCAUCCAGAUUGUUGAGAGGUGUACAAGAGGACCGACCGCCUUUGCCAUUUCUCACUGCUCAAUACUGGUUGAGAUGGUCAAUUGUGGACACCAGUUUUUCAACAGUUCCUGCUCAGAUACACUAACCAAUCAACGAUGGGGGGGAAUCAGAAGAGGGAUAUAACUGUUAACCCUAUCCAUGUUGAUGCUCGUCUGGAACUUCAAGGGUUAAUCCAUGUACCCUGCUGAAACCCUAUACCGAGAAGUCACUGCAUUGAUCUGUCAUCAGCAUGAAAAGGGUUAACACCCCAAAAAAAGCCAGUCCGCAUUCUCGCAAGGACUUGGAAGGAGACAUUUCUGCAAUUUCAAGAAAUCUGUGGAAGGAAGGAGACAUUUCUGCAAUCUCAAGAAAUCUGUGGAAAAUAUUUCCGAUCUUCUGACUCUUCCAUACGAAAAUCUUUCCUUGUGCCAGGUGCGAAGCUUGCCAUUAAUAUUGACUUGAAUGAACUUGUGAUUUCAUUUUGUACAUAGAUUUUUUGACCAAUCAAUGUGCUUUAUAUAUUUGUCAAAUAACCAAUGAAAUUGCUUCUUGUAUCUGUGAUUUGAUCCAGUUGUGUGGUUGAUUGUGCACACGCACCUGGAGUGUAUGUUUACACACGUUGCCGUGACAACACACGACAGCCCUCAUUCAAGUUUGAAUUCACAAGGAGCUGAGCUACAGCUGCUUGGUUUAACCCAAGUGGUGAGAUAUGGAUGAUUCAUCUAACAACACAAAAAUACUGUACAAUAUGUGACGAUGUUAUGAGAUAUAUUCAAAUUAAUAUAAGACCAAGGAAAGGCAAUCACUGAUUGAUCUUAAUAGUUUAGUUCGAUCAUAUAGAUAGAAAUCAUUACUGACAUCAGAAACAUAUCUAAGUUACUUCUUGAUAUUACAGAAAAAUCACUGGUUGUAUUUCCCUUGGUACACUAAUGUAUGUGUAUUACGACAAACUGUUGAUGCAUUCCUAAGUAUACCAUAUUCAUGUUUUGUAUAGAUUUUGAAGGUCUGAAACUUACGCUAUUUAACCAACAACCUAGUGCUUCGAGCUGUUUUAUUUUUCCCAAGUUUUGUUCAUAUGUAUCCUCGGAGACCAUUAUCCAGCUUUGUGGUGUAGAGCCAUUAUUAUUUAUUAUUUAUUUAUUCAUGUUUUGAAACACACAUCUUUCAUUUCACAAAGAACUUCAGGCUAAUACAGAAGGAACAGCUGAGUGAAAUAUGUUCAGGAUAACCUUAAAGAUUUUAAGCAUCUUAAAACUUAAUUCCUUACUUUUAUAUAAAUCUUGUUGAUCAAUUUUGGAUCCUUUUUUAGUUCCUGCAAUUUUUGAAUAACUGCAAACUGUAAACUGUGUGCGUUCCAUCCUCAUGCAGUUGUUAUGGGUGCUACACAUAGAGGCAAUAUCUUAGGAUGCCUUUGAAUGGAUGCAAAAUAUGCUCAAA